AUGAAUCUUGAUCAAUUUUAAUCCACAGAAGAAGAUUGGCCUCAAUAAUCUUGGAAUGAAAAUGAAGAUCUCGAUUUCUCGUCCUCUCCUAUAAUGUUUGGUCGUCAAUGCCAUAAAAUUAAACAAGAAAAUGAAAUUAACAACCAAGAUUACUAUAUUUAGUCAUAGUAGAUAGAAGAACCCUCAGAUGAUCAAGAAUUUAACAAAUUGUACUUCAAUGCCUCGAUUCCUCUCACCAAAAAGAAGAUUAGAAAAACCAAAAAAAUAAAUAGUAGCACCAUAAACACUCUAUAUCAAGAAAUAUUUUCAAGUAUUGUAGACGACACAGAGUCAUAAUAGGAGGCCCUAAAAAAAUUAUAAUAAUGCCAAAAUAUUAAGGUUCUAUUGGAUGGAUUGGAAAGAACUUUGAUGAAAAUAAAGCAAGUGCUUCUAGUCAAAGUCAAAACUAACAAGCACUGA